CGUCAUCUUUGUGAAUUGCUGCUUGCAGUAAACAAGAAGCCACGGUUCUAUGCCUUCCUCCCCGUAUCUGGUCAUUGUACUGCUGUCACUCCUGCUGUCGACCAUCGAAUUGGUGUGGAAAAGGAGGGGAGGGGUACAGCGGACGCCUCGCACCGGACCAUAUGGCAUGCUUCCGACGUGUCCAGUUUUCCGGGGAGCAUAUAAGAUUCAAUGUUGCCUGAGAUAGAUCCCACGGCCCGAUAGAUCUCGACUUAAAAUUGAAUGAAGGGGAUUAUCGAAAAAGUCGGAGGGGCGGCGCCGCCUCUGCUGCUGCUGCAAGCAAGAGAGAAUUUUGACUUUCUGCUUGUGUAAGCUAUGUGGGCUACAGGCGUGUUAUCUAUACGAGCUUCCUUCUCGUCAGGAGUCCUUGUAUCAUGCCUCUAACCCUUCCCCAUGACCAGUGAUCAGGAUGUGCACGGCGCGGGCAAUGGACCCCCACUCAUAGCGAAUCCUUUCUCGAACGGAUCCUGAUGUGUCU